GCCGCUUCGCGACAGUAUUGAACAAGUGCGAUCUCGCAGGCAAUUUUUCGAUAGUGCUAACCGUAAUUUUUGAGCAUAUAUUUUUUAAAGAGCCGAGAGCUAUGUCUUACCAUUUCGUUGACGAUUACGAGCAUUUCAUCUACGACUACGACAAGCAUAUCUUUACCGGGCAUAGUGGUAAACAACGGAGUAAGCGCGAAGCUUUGACACACACAAACCAUUUCGACCCGAGCGGCCAUUCCAGAAAGAUCGUCACGAAAUUGAUGAACACCGAGCAUAAUAAACGACAUGCUGGGAAAACCAAGGCAUAAAUUGACUCUGGUGUUUGACCCUCCUUACAUUUUAAAAAAGUAUUAGUUUGUCCAUUACUACAGACUGGAACUCCUUGGAUAUCUCAUACACGUAUCUACACUGCAUUUCCCAUGAUGCAGGAAGAAUAGAGGGACAACUCCUCCUUCACUAUAUACAUAUUAUAUGAAACAGAAAAAUCUUAAUUUUCUUUCGUUCUCAGCUAUGGCAUUUAGUCGCUGAACGUAGAUUCUUACUUAGUAUAAGAUAAUUAGUACUUAGUAUACAUAGGCUAUAUCCUAUCAUUGCUGUUUGUCACAUUCAUAUUAUAUAUCAUAGAUAUAUACAUAUAUAUAUAUAACACAAUCAUCUCUUAAGUUAGACUGCUCUUGCAACAGGGUCACCUGUAUCAGGAGUUUUCACGACGUGUGAUUUACGCACAUUGUAAACAUUGUAGCCAUUGAGCUCUUAAAAUGUAUUUCAUUCAUAUGGGUAGUAUCAUUAACAAUUGCUCAAUUUAGGAGAUAGUUAUUUCUGUAACUGUAGCUUGUCAUUUCUGGAAGAAGAGAUCUGGCAGAUCGUCGAUGCUGUCUAUCUAUCUAUCUAUGGUCUCUUUCUUUGGAAAAUCAGGCUAUGUACAAAAAUACUUCGUCUAAUGCAAACGUUAGAAACACGCAUUUGUUACUGAAAAUCCUUCAGAUAAAUUUUUGUUAACUUUGUAAGACUUUUCUUUCUUAUUUUGUGUUUACUGAAAAGUUGAAAAUAUUAUGGAUGAUUAAAACAUGUAACUACAUACAAUUGAAAAUAAAUUUAGUAAAAAAAUAAA